CACCUCCCCAGCACAUUCACAGCCCGCCAUGGCGACCACAAGGAUAUCGGUGCCGCUGCGGGGCGUCUCACAUCAAUUGAGCCGGCUGUCGAUACGGCAGGCCGCGCUCCCUGCUCGCUGCACAAAGUCAAUCACAUCCUCCUUCGCCCGCCCAAUCACCACUUCGACAUGCUCAAGAGCCGCCGUUUCCCCCAUCGCCGCCUCCGCCGACACUUUUGUGCCCGUCAAGCCGUUCGAGGAGCAGACAGUGCUUGCGACCAUCCACCAGUUCCCUUCCCUCGAGCCACUCCGGUUCGAGACAUUCCCUGCGAACCACCUGCACCUCCCCACACGAAAGGACAUCCUGCACCGCGCCGUCAUCUACGAGGGUGAUAUGACACGACUGGGUACCGCCUCGACCAAGAACAGAUACGAGGUUCGGGGUUCGGCAAGGAAGAUGCGCCCGCAGAAGGGUUCAGGUCGCGCUCGUAUUGGAGACGUCAAGUCGCCCGUCAUCAGAUCUGGAGGUGUUUCGCACGGGCCCAGGCCCCGCGACUUCUCCACCGAGCUCCAGAAGAAGGUCUACGAUUUGGCAUGGAGGACAGCGCUUUCGUACCGCUUCCGUAGGGGCGAGCUGAUCAUUGUGGACAACGCCAUGGAGAUUGAGAGCCCCUCGACAAGGCUGCUGGAGCACGUCUUGAAGUACCAGGCAAAGCAAAGAGGUGGAAAGGGCAAGAGUCUGUUGGUCACACUCGAGGAGCGGCCCAUGCUCGAGCUGGCGCUGGAGGAGCUGGAGUCUGGCGACCAAACCCUCCUCUGGGACGAAGUCGACGUCAAGAACCUGCUCGAGGGCUCCCGCGUCCUCAUCGAGCGCGCCGCGCUGAACAACAUCCUCCUCUCGCACCAGGAGGAUCUCACACACAAAGCCAUCCAGCCCUGGCACAAAGGCCUCGUUCGCUCCUCGCCAGCAGAAGACCUCGAGUCCACCAUCGGCUGGGCCGAAUUCCGCGGCCUCAUGCUCACCCCGCCCACCGAAAUGGACGCCGCCCGCGCCGACGCCUACGAGAGCGUAGCAUCAACCCGCUACGCGUACGCCGAAACCCUCCCCUUGGGCCCCGCGCGCUCCGAACUCAUGAUCUCCGCAUACAACCUCCUCGCGGAAGCCAAGCAGUACCAGUUCGCCCAGCGCACCGGCAUGCCGUUCGCAGACUACACGCGCAUCCAGAACCGUCGCAACGCGACGAGCCACUUCCCCCGCAUCCAGGCCCUCGACUAUCAGAUCACGACCAAGACACAGCUCGGCGGCACCGCAGAAGAAACCUCGCGUGUGGCGGCUGAGACGCACUACGUCGAGGUGCGCGAGCUGGAGGUCGAGAAGCAGGACAUCAUCUUUGAAUCCGCGCUGCUUGCGGCACAGGUCCAGGAGCACCUUGCUGAGGCGCACAGCCUGGCGGGCGAUGUCGCAGCUGCAGAGGUCGCUCUUGCGCGCGCUAGUGUGCAGCGCACAAACGUUGAUACCCACGAGCUGGAGCAGCUGUCUGCUCGCGUCGAGCUCGCGAAGCAAAAGAAGUCGCUGGCACAUGCAAAGGGGGACUGGAAGGCGCAGCAGGAAGCGCAGGAGGAGAUCACACUAGCCAACCAGGCGCUCGAGACAGCGAUGGCUGAGCAGGAGGCUCUCAGUGAGGUUGAGGAGGUGGAUGAGGCACAGCGUGAGCAGCCGGCCGAGGAGAAGAGGUAGUAUCUGGAUUUAAAAGGUUGUAUUAUUGUACAUUGUAUGUGUAGACGGUCUACGUAGCCAAGUGUAUGAUACC